GCGGGGGUGGGAGCGAAGGGGAAAAGGACUGGACUCCCGGGUUUCUGUUGGAAAACGUGUUAUUUUCACAUUUUGUUCUGGGUCGUCUCCGUUUGCGGAGAAGAGAGGACCUUCAUUGUUGAGACAUGGCUGAAGAACUAUGGCUACUUGCUCCCCCACGACGUCCGGACGUCAGACCUGCGCUCGGAGAAGGCCAUGCAGUCAGCUGUUGCUGCCAUGCAACGCUUUUAUGGCAUCCCCGUGACCGGAGUUCUUGACCAAACCACCAUCGAGUGGAUGAAGAAACCUCGGUGUGGCGUUCCCGAUCACCCCCGACGGAGGAGAAAUAAACGCUAUGCCCUCACCGGUCAGAAAUGGAGGGACAAAAAAAUCUCUUACAGCAUACACAACUUCACGCCUAAGGUGGGGGAGAAGGACACCCAGAGGGCGAUCCGGCAGGCCUUUGAUGUGUGGCAGGCAGUGACCCCACUAACCUUUCAGGAAGUGGCCUACUCCGAGAUCAAGAAAGAGGGCAAGGAGGCUGACAUCAUGAUCUUCUUCGCCUCAGGGUUCCACGGUGACAGCUCACCAUUUGACGGAGAGGGAGGCUUUUUAGCCCACGCUUACUUCCCUGGACCUGGAAUUGGAGGGGACACACACUUCGACUCGGACGAGCCCUGGACAUUAGGAAAUGCUAACCAUGAUGGGAAUGACCUUUUCUUGGUGGCGGUGCAUGAACUGGGCCAUGCAUUGGGUCUGGAACAUUCAAAUGACCCCAGCGCGAUCAUGGCCCCCUUUUACCAAUACAUGGAUACACACAACUUCAAACUGCCACUAGAUGACCUUCAAGGCAUCCAGAAAAUUUACGGAAUCCCAACAGCGAUGUUGGAACCAACCCGGCCUCUUCCUACCCUCCCUGCCCGACGCACUCACUCUACAUCUGAGAGGAAGCAUGAUCGACAGUCUCGUCCCCCGCGGCCGCCCUCUGGAGACCGCCCAUCUUCCCCUGGUUAUGGAAAGCCCAACAUCUGCGACGGCAACUUCAACACGGUGGCUUUUUUCAGGAGGGAGAUGUUUGUGUUCAAGGAUCGCUGGUUCUGGCGUUUGCGGAAUAACAAGGUUCAGGAGGGCUACCCCAUGCUCAUUGACCAGUUCUGGAAGGGUCUCCCACCCCGCAUUGAUGCAGCCUAUGAGAGAUCUGAUGGCAAAUUUGUGUUCUUCAAAGAUAACAAGUACUGGGUAUUUAAGGAAGUUACAGCAGAGCCAGGCUAUCCCCACAACCUGGUGGAGCUGGGUAACUGUCUGCCCCAUGAUGGUAUAGACACAGCUCUACGCUGGGAACCCGUGGGCAAAACUUAUUUCUUCAAGGGUGAUCAGUACUGGCGCUACAACGAGGAGAAGCGGACGGCUGACCCAGGCUACCCCAAGCCUAUCACUGUUUGGAAGGGCAUUCCUGAGGCCCCACAAGGAGCCUUUGUCAGCCGAGAAGGAUUUUAUACCUACUUCUACAAGGGAAAGGACUACUGGAAGUUUGACAACCAGAAGCUGACAGUGGAACCAGGCUACCCCAAGUCGAUCCUCAAAGACUGGAUGGGUUGCGACCAGUCACAAAUGGAGAAGAACAAGGACAGGCACCUCCCCCAUGACGAUGUUGACAUCAUGGUUGCCAUUAAUGAUGUGCCAAGCACUGUAAAUGCUAUUGCCGUGGUGAUCCCCUGCAUUUUGUCCCUUUGCAUUCUGGUCCUUGUUUAUACCAUCUUCCAGUUCAAGAACAAAAGUGUCCCACAACACGUGACCUACUACAAACAUCCAGUGCAGGAGUGGGUAUGACAGGCUAGGGGGCGCUACCGAGUCAAACACUAGAGGAUGCUGGCGAGGGCUAUUAAGACAACAUUUGGAAGCACCUACAUGACCAGUGCCUGUCUACUGUGUCGUUGUGGGGGAGGGAGUCCAUACCCUUUCACACGUGACCAAACUUCACAACAAAAAUUGCAAAAUUGUCUCUUUUUUUAGCAUGAGCCAAAAGCACAGGAUUGCUAGGCUUUAACUGAGUGGUGGGUUGCAGGUACAGGAGCUAACCAUCGCUUUGGCCUUACAAUCCUUCUGUAAGCCCAUCCCACACCCAUCCACUCUCACCUGGCUGCAACAGGAAUUGAAGGAUCACCACACUGUCAUGUCUCCAAGGAGCGCAAGAGGAAUUGUAGUCAGAUGCCAGUGUUGUCUUGCUCUCAACACAAACCUGUACAGGAAUUUCAAACGCUAUCAAACAAGUCAAACAAACAUCAAAAAACAACAAAAAUGAUUCAGUGUUAAAAGACUUGUAUAACAAAGUAGGUAGAAAUGACAUAGAAAGGAUUACUAAGGACUUAUGUGCAUCAUUUAGUCUUUUUGAUGUAUUGAGUGCAAGACUCAAAGCUCUGUUAGUGUGGUCUUUUGGUGACUGUAAAAGGACAGUAUCCUAUUUGAGGCCACUUCUCUGAGUUUUGCUAACUUCUCAAACUUGUUGAGGAGGACAGGUGGCCUAACAUGGAAUGGGGUAAUUUUUAGAUAUCUUGUUUUUUUUAUAGCACUUGUUCAUUUCCUGUGUUGCUCCCACUUAACAGAUAAGCACACAGCAGGCAAGACAGGUUCAUACAUACUUCUGUAUUUGAGCAGUAUAAAAAUGAGCAAGGGACUCCUAGUUUUCCUCACAUGUAUAUGAUGUAGCUCUCUUUUUUAGCAGUUCUUCAGUAACUCAGUAACAGUAACACCACAUUUGGAGGUAAAUAUAGAAGUUAAAGUGGUUUUAUGUGACAUCAUUUCAGCAUAUGCAAGCCCAGUAGGGUUUGUGGUUGAAAUUUUGAAAUAACUAGGCGAGAGUCAUCUUGACACCCUAGCUGAUUACUGAUGGUUUCUUCAAACCAUUUGCCUCUUUAUACCUAUAAUUCCCUUAUCUGUUGCAUUUUCCUAUUAUGAUAUUAACUACCUAAAUUUUUAUCUAGUGUCAUUUUUAUUAACACAGUAUUGCCUAAAGAGAAUUCAAGGUGGGAAUGUGUUUUGCAAUCUAUUAUCACUUUUGAAUAUAAUUUAAAAAUUCUAACCAUAUGGCAUUUCAAAAUGAUUUGUCAUCAGUUUUCUUUGAAUGUUCAUGUUACAGGGAAAAAUCAAUUCUUCUUUAAACCAUUUGGGUUGUUUAGACUACAACUUGCUCUUGCAGAAGAAGUUUGCUUAGGGGGAUUUUAUUUUUAUUUAGUUAUAUAUAUAUUUUUAGAUUUUACUUUUUUUGAUGCAAGACCUUAUUUGUUAGUGUCACAUCAUCAUCAAAAUACUGCUAAUGCACAUCCUACAAAUAUGCAAAUAUGUUUGACCUUAAACAUUCUGGCUAAAAUGCUAGUUUUUGACAGAACAAGCAGUGAUUAUAGAAACGGUUUUAUGAAUACGUUAGAUUUGCACUAUUGUGUGAUACUGAUUGUGCUGUUUCUUUCUAACUGUGUGAAGUGCGCUGUGUGGCAAUCCUGUUUGUCUUAUCAAACAUCCAAGCAUUCUUGAUUUGUAGAUGAGCACAACUAUGUAGAGUUCAUAUUUAAUUCCUGCACUUCCUGCAUUUUUACAUGGUUUGAUGAAGAAGAUAUGAAGUACUUUAGUGGUCAGCCGAUGCAGUAGUGGCACGGGAGUACUUCAUUCCAGAGACUAUUUGAUCAUUUUCAGUGUCAUAAAGUUGUUGACAUUUGGCAUAGAUCCCACUUAUUCAUUUUAGAAAGGUGUGAUAACAUUUAAUAAUCCAAAUCUUACAUCUAGAAAGCACCAGCUCCAGUCCAUGAGCCUGUUUGGAGGCAGACUAAAAUGGUUUAAAGGUGAAUAGCUUCUACAUCUGAGUGCAUUUUGUAUUGCCUUAUUUUAGUUUGAGUUGUCCUGUCAAAUGCUUUUUGUAGGCUUUACUGUAUAAGGGUACUCAUGUUUCACUCAUGUUUACUAAUUUUCCUCUGCAAACUUUUAGUGAGAAUAACUUAAACUAUUUCAUUUAGUCAGACUACAUUAGCAAAGGGUUAUAACCUAAAUAUAUACAAUAAAAAGGAAAGAAAAAACAAACAAAAAACAACAAAAGGGAAAAAAAAAUAAUAUAGAAGAAAUGCUUGUAACACUUAAAGAAAAUGUAGGACUGUGUAUCCUAAAUGGAUUGUUAAGAUACUAGAAGAUUUCCAUUUUUCGAGUUUCCCCAACUAGAUAAUGUGUUUCAUAUGGCUUUAUUUUGCCAUUUUAUAUUUUCACAAACUUACUCAGUUAUUAGUGGUUUCUUUUCAAAUUUUCUUUGCUUAAGCGCAUGGCCUCUGCAUUACUUCCACAAAAAACUAAGAUUUACCUUAAUCCAAUAGUCACUCUCUGUUUAUCCCACAGAGAACAAUUAAUGUAUAGUACAAUUAAUGUAUAAUUGACAGUAAGGAGUUGGCUUGUUCUCUGCUUUUUAUGUUUGUAGGUUUACUCUGGACUUGAUCUUUCACUUAUACAAUUACUUGAAAAUUUGUUAUAUCUUUCCAACAUUUUUGCUUUAGUCACCAUAGCUACCAGGGCAGUGGUAGUUCAGUAGUUAAAGUAAUUUACUUGUAAUAAGAAAAUUACCAGUUCAAAUUCCACAACUGCUAAGAUGCCACUGUUGGGUCCCUGAGCUAGGCCCUUAUUCCUCAAUUGCUCAAGUUGUAUUCAGUCAUAAUUGUAAGUUGCUUUGGAUAAAAGCAUCAGCUAAAUGCCAGAAAUAGUGAUUGUCAUCUGCAUCUGACAAAAUGGUAGCAGUUCAGAUUUGGACAUCUUAGAUACAGAAGUGAUACUACAUGCUUUAUGUGUCUCAGUAUAAGUGAUUUCUCAAAACACCCAAGGUCUGUUGUAAAUGGUUUCAAGGUUUAUGGAGUUAUCAGUGGUAUUAGGGAUCCCAUUCACACCUGGUUGUAACAACCAUAUUAUGUGAUCGAAUUAAAAGUGGACAGCACUAAGCACAGGUAUGAAUGGGGUCCAACAUGACUUUAAGAUGCAUUGUGAAAUAACCACCUAGGUGAUUAUGGAUAAAUAUUGCCACAUAAUGUUUGUUGUGUGAACACUCAUGCAUCCCAAUCCACCCAGCACUGAAAAACUACCUAGUCGACUGUGUCUCGAGCCUGUAUCUUCAGAAAAUACAGUUCUUGAAAAGAGUGGCAAAUCAGUGGUUUAAAGCUUGCUAGCUAGCUAGAUGUGUAGUUUAGUGGUUAGUCAAGGAAUCUAAUUACAAAUGGUAAUUAGAAUGGUUACUCAUGACUUUCAAGAAGUGCCAGGUGUAAAUGGAUAUCCAUCACUGCUGUCCACUUGUAAUCAGAUCACUUGAGAUGGAUGCUAAAACUACGAGUUAACAUACCCUGAUGGAGGCAGAUUUUUGUUUUCUGUAUUCACUUGACUGGUCUUCCGAACCACUUUUCACCCUAUCUUUUUAUGUUUGUGUGUCUGCCUUAAAAAUAAUUCUGGGCCUUCUUUAAGACAUUGUGCCUUGUCUUAAAACUUGCUAUGGCCAGCUUGACAUGUCUUCUUUAAGUUGAUUCAAGUUUACCAUGAUUUCAAAGAGGAGACAGUUUUAGCAACUAUAGUUAACAGUGCAUCCCGUACUUGGAGAUCUGUGUAAUUUGCAGAAAUAAUGUUUUCCCUUGUCUUCUUGAUGGAUUAUAUUACUUAUUUCCCGAUCUUUACAUCUACAUUAUGAGAUCUUGGCUGUGGGUAGAGAAAGGCUUGGAAAAACAACAGGCUUUCAUCUGUGCAAGCUUUAGACAGAUUUCAUGGGAUUGUCUCUCAGACAAGAGUUCAAUUCAAGAACCUGCCAGCAGCAGUUGGCCACAUGGUGAUGGGGGCAUUCUGCAUCUUGAGUACAGGAAGUCCUGGCUGGGACUUCCUUUGAAUGGAACACACUGUGCUUCACUGAUAGUCUUCCUCAUCUCUGAAUGAUCUGAUGAACUCACUGGGUGUCAAGAAAGAAAGAAAAACAUUGGUCAUGGUAAAACGUGAGCGAAGUUUGUUGCUGUAGCACAGAAGAGUGUGUUCCAUGUUUAAAAUGUUGUUUAAUAUACUUUUUAUGAUAUCUCAAGGUAGUUUGCAUACUCUGUCAUUGUGCAUCUUUUGCCUGAAUCUUUGGGAUUAAUGCAGUCAAAUUUUCCAUCACUGAGGUAAUUCUAAAGUCAAGAACAAGCAUAAACAUAAGGGAAAAUAUUGGUAGUCUAUUUUGGGAGUUUUGUUAUAUCUGACUAAAUGUCAUUUAUGAGAAUGAAAAAGAAGAUAAUGUCAAUAUUCUACUUAAUAAUAGAAGUAAUACUAUUAAUUAUGUAAUUUCUUAUUAUUCUCUCUAAACAAUAUUGCUGACCACAUCUAAACCAAUCUCUUGAUAACAGAUACUGACAUACAUGUUUUUUAGGUUUGUUUGGUCACUUACCACUUACCUGUUUCACUGUUGUGUGGCAAAGUAAAGGAUACUCUUUAGGAACAGAGACAUUUUUACAAGGAGAAACAGAAAUGUCAGUUACUUGAAUGACACAAUUAGGACUGUCACAAUGCUGUGAACGCCCCUCCCCUGACAACAGAAAACUGAGCAAGAUAGUGUUGUGUAUACAUCAAGACACAUUUAAAAUGUUGCAGAUUUGAGGUCUUGAAGGAAUUAAACAUUUGAAAUAUAUAAGAUAUAUUUAUUAGAAAUUGUCUUUAGAGUUAUGAUGAGGGUUCGUACAUUUUAUGAACAUUUUAAAAACAGUAGCAUUUAACAUGAGAAACUAUUUACAGUAUUUAUAGAAAUAGUCAUUUACAGAAGGUAUUCUACACAGUUUAAACUGAAGUCAAGGUGAAGCCAUGAAAUUGACCAGAAAGUAAACAGAUCUGUACAGGAAGAUAUGGAAGUAGGAAUUAACUGAUUUGCCUCUUUUUAUGGGUGUGAUGGUUGCUUUGGAUGACAGCCACUCUUAACCUCUACCUGUUGUUGCCUUUGGUUUCUAUAGUAAUUUUAUGAGACUAACAAUAGGAGGGAGGGAAAAAAAAACAUAUCAGAGGUAAUCCAGAAUUUUACAAGAACAAAAUAUUUAUGUUCUUUGCAUACAAAGGAUUGAUUACAAGUGAGAUUUUAUCUGAUAUAGCUUUAAAGUUAUUGUUGGUUUGCUUCUUUUUGAAACUUUAAAUGUAUUACUGUAUAUAACUUUAGUUUUCUCAUUGGUUUCUUCAAAUGAAUUUAUGGAUGAAACACUUAGUUAUCCAAGUCAGCCAACAUAGACUCUGUCCAUACAUUUUUUUGAUAUUGUCUAAAUUACAGGUCAGAUGUUGCUGUCUGCUCAGCCUCACCCAUGACUCAUGUAAAUAUAAUGAUUAUCUGAAACUUUGAACCUUUUGUAUUUUCCUUUCAGUUGUUAAGAGUAGCUGAUAAUUUCACACAUCUUGUAUAAUGCUAUCAUUCUUGAGAAUGACAGUGAUUUUUAAUUGUCUUGAUUUUAAAAUAUAGAUAUUCCAGGUUUAUUUGAAUAAGUUUACAUUUUUAAUUCCAUCCAGAUUAAACUGUUUUUAAAUUAUUAUUUUAAGUCAGCAGUUCUACACUGUGUACCUAAUAAUAUCGCCAUGUUCUAUUAACAAAGAAACAACAAUAAAGGAAAAAGUCAAUCUGUUUGGUUAUUAA